CGCCACAGUACUGCAGUAAGCUCUUGAUAGUACUAGCUGAGUCAAGAUGGAUUACAGAAAACUCUGUAACCUUGUUGAGGAAAAUUUUCAAAAGCUUGAAGAAAAGGAAAGAUUACUUAAUGAGAAAAUAAAAGACUUAAACAAAACUAUCAAACCUCUGGAAGAAAAAAAAGCCUUGUUAUCCCAACAAGUUGAAUUGUUGAAGAGCAAGAAAAAUCAAAUGAAAGAAAAGAUUAAUUUGGAAGAUUACAUCAUUAAAUCAGAACUACUACAAACACAGCAGAAAUAUCAAAGGUAUGGUCAGACACAGAGAAUAAAGGAGUUCUAUGACACUAUUAUUGGAAUAAUUUUGUACCAAUUAGAAGAAGAUCUAAAAGAAAAUCUUAAAUGCUCAUCUACUGAAACAGCAAUGGAAGUGGGAGAUACAAGAGAAACCUAUUGUGUCUAUGGCUUGCUUCUAAGUGCUUGUGAACUUAGGAAUAGAAACGGCCCUAAACUUGAAAUAGUUACUCAGGUACUUACUCUUCAUGGAAAUAAGGAAAUUUUGAGAGAUAACAUUGAAAAAGCAGUUAUUCUUACAAAAGAUAUGCUGACACUUGUACCUCCACUACUAGUAACAAUAGUUCCUCAGUAUGAUGAGAAGUUAUAUGAUACUAAUCGAUCAACAUGGGAUGAGUCAGGGGUUAAUGAGGGCAGAAAGCUUACUUAUUAUCGUCCUAUUCUAGUGUAUGGUAAUCAGUUGCAUGUUGCAAUGAAAGGAUUAGUUGGGAAUACAGUGGCUCCACAACAGCAGGGACAGGAGCUAAAAAAAGAUCGGGAACAACAGCAACAACCUCAGCAUAUCUUGGCAGUACAAAGGCAGCCUGAUACACAUCAGAGGAAUGUUUUACUCCAACACCAGCAACAACCUCAACAUCAAGCACAUCAUCCACACUACAACCAACAACAACAACAUCCCUUGCAUCAUGGAGCUACAAGUGCUGCAUCUUUUCAAGCUACUCAUCCUCAUGUUCCUAAAAGUAGUCUACACAAAAAUAACAUGUGUGUUGUGUGUAAUAGGCGAGUCAACCAUCAAGAUCAGUAUCAUUGUAUUGGACCUGAUAAAGCAUUUGUGCACAGAGAAUGUUACUCAUGUAUUAAUUGUAAAGGCAAUCAUCAGUUAAAGCUGUACUAUGAACUGUUUGUAUGCGUUGAACACAUAAACCAAAUCAUUUGUAAAAAUUGCCAUAAAAAGGGACAAAUGAAAUAUAAAGAUGAAGUAUGCUUUUGCACCUGUCAAGAAACAAUGUGCUGAGAGCCUGAGACUAUUAUUAUAAACUGUGUAACUUAAAUUACAUUGCUAUUUGAUAUUAGGUUUAAGUUUUUAAAAUAA